CUAACGUUGGUAACAAAUCCACGUCAUCAAUCGACAUCUUUUCAAGAUUUGACCCUUUAGAAGUCGAAGUUGGGACAACUGUUUUUUUCUUUGACACCAUUUACCUUCGUUGGGUACCCGCGCCGCUGUUUUCAGCUCCCUGGAUCCAUCCAAUAUCCGAGGUUUCAAGUUCUUCCAACAACAAACUGUUUGCGUUGGUAUCAUUCGACACUUUUUGCUGGCUUCAGUUAGCUUGUGAACUUUGCUGAACGGAGGGUCCGGUUGCGUUGUACAAUGAUUUUCGCAACAGUGACAGCAGGCCUGGUUCUGUUUUCGGUAUGUGCUCCCUUUCAAACCCAUGCCUUUUCUUCCAACAAGGCAGUGAGAAUAAAAACUCCACUGCACGCCGUCACAACCAAGUAUGUUGUCUAUGAUGGUCCCGAGUGGACAUCCAUUCGACAAGUUUUGCAAAUUCCCAACAGCAGCAGCAACACAGACAGUCUGGUCGCAUGACAGUCGUGGCGGGUACACGAGAUGAUACAGGUGACCGUAUUGUGGGAGUGAUGGCGGGCAAAAGCAGCGGUGAUUAUGAUGAUGAAGAUCUACUACCGAAAGUCUCUCUCAAGGAAUCCAAUCUGCAAGUCUACGAACACUCGGCGGCGAAAAUUGGCAAAGGUAUCCAAGAUCAAGAUGCACUCAACACCAUGAUUGCAGCUUUCACGGGAAUUCAUUGCACAGCCCCAAGAGUGGAAGGCGUGGGAGGUGCCAAGGAUAGUAUGGUUUCUGGCAAAGUGGUCGUUCUGGGUGGCAAUGACUAUGCGUGUUUCGCAGCAGAAGGAUUGGCGGCGUUGGGAUCACAAGUCUCUCUGAUCAGUACCAAUAAGGUCAAGGUACAAAACGACAACGUCGAAGUGUUACCCCCCGUGGUAGGUGAUGAUGAGAUUGGAUUUGCAUCCUUCAUUGGAGACUUUGAUUCUCUAUUGGAUACAGCCGAUGACGAACGGCCAUCUCGCAUGCCUGUUGGGUACGAUAGCGGCAACGAUGACGCAAUGGCGGCCAUGGGAACCACUCUUCGCUUGCUCAAGCAACGACACAAUUGUGAACGAUACAUCUCCAGCAUGACAAAAGCACAGAGUAUAGUCAACAAAGAGGGUGUGCUGUUUGGACCUGGCAAAGUAAAAAAACAUUUCCAACAAGUUCAGCAGCAAGUCAAAUCUCGGCCAGCCACUUUUGAAUCGAUUGUACCACCACCAUUGUUUGGGAAAACUGUUGAAACUUUGCUCGAUAAAGGUAUUGUCUACAAAAACAACAAGGAUUUCUUAUCGGAAAAUAACAACAAUGUCGUCUUGAGAGGAUGGUCACUCAAUGCAUUUAUGGAGACAUCCAUGUGGCCCUCGGAUUCCAGUGGUGGAGGAACUCGAGCUGUCCGAUUUGGAUUCCCAGUUGUGGAGGAAGAGGAAAAUGAAUUCACCAUGAUUGCCGAACCUCCGUCGGUGUCGGAAAUGAUUUCGAGCAAAAGUGAAGAUGAAGACGAGAAAGAAAAUCCUUAUGUCCAGAAAAUUGUGGGAUCACAGGGGCUGUAUGAGACCGUCGUUAAGGAGAAGCGAGAUUGUGUUCUGUUUUUGUCUGCCACGUUUUGCCGAACUUGCAAGACUUUGAAUCCCCGUUUUACCAGUCUAGCACGAAGAAGCAUGGAAGAGGACAAUGUAUACAGCAUUAACGACGACAACUUUGAUGGAAUACUGUUUGCCAAAGCCGACACGGGUGGAAAGGUAGGGAAGGAAUUGGGCCGGCUGUUAAAUGUAAAGGCAGUGCCAGCAUUUCUGUGUUUUCGUGGAGGUCGUCGAUUUGGCCCCACCUUGUCGAUUUCCAGGAUACCCUCCAAGAAACUUGAGGCAGCGAUUGAGAUGCUCGAAUCUGGAUCCGAGUGGGACACCUCUGUCAUUGUGGAAGCAGAAGAAAAGCAAAAAUAAUGCAUAUCCUUACUAGUAGGUGGAUUCUUCACGUAGCAAAAUUGCAUUGAGGUUUC